AAAAGAGUUGAAGAAGCAUGUAUUCUCUCUGUCCCAAAUCAAAACAAGUGGGACACAGCUUGCAUAGCUCUACCUAUAAUCACAUUACACAAUCACAUUACUGCCGCUCAGAAAAGAGGGAGGGGAACAAACAAGAGAUAGACAGCGAUUCAGAAAGGGAAAAAGAAAAGCAGGAGAGAGCUGUAAAACAGUGGACAGAAGGUUAAAAGGAAAUUCUGUUUUUGAAUGAUAAAAGUCCCACAGCAGGUGUAAGUUAACCAGCAGAAGAAUACCAUCACCUUCUGAAAGCGCCUCUGAGCCGUCAUGCCCAUUCCCAUGGCAACGAGGACAGUAAUGAUUCUGGCUGUCAUCUUGAUGUUUUUGGCUUUGUCGCGUGCAAUGAGCAAUGAGUUGGACGAUUAUGGCACCUGGAACUAUAGAGAAGGAGCGGAGCAUGUGAACGUGGCUAAUGUUCGGAGUGUGACGAGAGUUCUGGACACUUGGGGCAAACGCAUCUUUAACGAGAUCAAGACGCUGCUGCACUCCCAGCCCAAUACUCUCCUGCCUGACUACUCAAGAGUACGUCCGCUCUCAGAGUCCCUCAACGAUCUCUUCAGAGAAGUCUCCCACUUACAGAGGCGCAUCACAGACCUCAACAAUCGCCUAGCAACCUUGGAGCCCUUUCUCCGUCGUCAUGGCUACUACGAUGAAGACAAGGAGGCCACCAAAGGAGUCCCCCAGAGCCUAAAAGGUGUAGGCACGAGUCUGGCACAGUACCCGCGCCGGUACAGGGUACGAGUGGCCCAGCCUGUGAACAGGGUGGUUCGAACCAGGAGAGUGAGGGUGUACAAGGAUGAAAACGGGAAGGUCAAAGUGAGGAAGAUAGAAAGAUAGAUAGAACGGAGAGACGAAGAUAUAUUAUAGACAAAUAUAUACAAAGAUGGUAAUAAUGAGCAAAUAUUAUUAAGAAUGUAUUGAAUAUAAUCAGAAAUUUGUCCGUGUUGAAAUGUCAUUCUCAUAUCAACCUCAUAUAGUGAGUCACAUGCAUCAUAUAAAUUAUACCAGAGUAUGUUCUCUCUGCUGGCUGCACUAGCGUAAGCUCAGAUCUCAAAGGUCCAAUCAGAGUUCUCUGGUAGAGGAAACUUUAAGAGGCUUUCACUAGACUGUAACUAACACCUCCAGCACUGAAAACUUCGCCUAGCCUGUUAACAGUCCCCUGGUGAUCUAACUUUUUGAUCAAGUUAAGAUUCAUUUUACAAACCUCAAAGAAAAUGUUCUGUUUGUAUAUUGGUAAGUUUGUUUGGACUUUUGGGAUCAGGAUUCAGGCUAACACAGAUGUGACACAGCUUCAGCUGAAUAAACUGCUUCUCAAUAAAUGUGUGCUGAAACUCUUUGGCUGAAUGAGUGAUCUUAAGGUUUAUCAUUAAUUAUGCAGUACAAACUCACUGACUCACAAGAUAUCAAUUACAAGACAGCUUGUUUAGCUGAAUGAAUCAUUUGCUAGGAAACACAGUCGGUCUAUACAUAUAAGUCAAAAAGUGUUUUAAUACAUAAAACAUCAUUUAAAUUCAUUUGGCUAAGUCUUUCCUAUAAAAUUUUAUUAUUUUUAUUUAGGAAAAAUUCAGCAGAAAAUAAGUCAAUUGAAAUGUCACUUUGUAUAACUGAUAACUGUAAAAAAAAUAAAUAAAUAAAUUUUUUAAAAAAAAUGAAGCACACUUUUAUCUAUAUGACCCGGAUAAUAUGUACAAAAAUCAUACUUUAAAGAUUUAUACAUCACCGAAACACCCUGCUUUAUAUUUUGCUGUUAUAGUUACAAGUGCAUUCUCUGUACUUGGUUAUAAUCUAGGCCUGUUUUCCAUUUACCAACUUUCAUUCUUUAUCUUAAAGCUAAUUUAAGUAUUUUGUUUCAGUUUAAUGAUUAUUAUGAUAAUGAGAACAAGAAUAAGAAUAGUAUUGAAUAAUUAAUUUCAUUUUAAUAUUGAUAUUAAUUUUAAAACAUAUAUUGAAAUAUGCUAAAUAGAUGUGUUGCAAUAUAUUGAAAUUCCAAAUGUUUUCCUGUAUUUACAUAUUUAAAACUCAAUAUAUAACUCAAUAUUUCUAGUUGUGUGUUGAAUUAGUGACAGAUUUAUACAGUGGGGUGCAGAUGCUUGCACCACCCAUACAUUUUAGGUGAAAAAGAAAGUGCAUUUAUUAACCUACAAAAAAGUAUUAGAGUAUACAGUAUUUAAAUGAAAUUUAGAACAGAAGAUGCAAAUUUCCAAACUGAUGUCAUUUUGAUUUUCUUACUAUCUAAUAUGUUAACAUACACUAUUCGCCCAUUUUUGCAACUUAUAAUUGAUUGUAAAACAUUUGGCAUUUGUUUGUAAUUUG